AUGCCAGUGCUGGAUGGGCUUCGUCAUGGCGAGCCGGUUGACGGCAGCGCCAGUUCUUCUUGCAAUGCUGAACAUAGCAAACGACAAAAGAUUGUAGUGGUCGGGUUGGGCAUGGUGGCCGUCUCCUUCAUUGAGAAAGUGAUCAAGCAGGAUACAGCCCGCCGAUAUGACAUUAUUGUCAUUGGCGAGGAGUCACACGUUGCCUACAACCGCGUGGGUCUCUCCUCAUUCUUCGAACAUCGCAAGAUUGAGGAUCUCUAUCUGAAUCCGAAAGAAUGGUACGGAUCGUUCAAAGAGCGAGUCUUCGAUCAUCACCUCAACACCAGAGUCACCGAGGUCAACCCCAACAGCAAGACCGUUCAUACCUCUACUGGGGAUACAAUCCCCUAUGAUAUCCUGGUACUUGCCACUGGCUCUGAUGCCGUCCUUCCAACGCAUACCCCGGGUCACGAUGCCAAGGGCGUCUUUGUAUACCGCACAAUCGAAGAUCUGGAACGGCUCAUCGAUUUUGCGUCCAAACACAAGGGCGAGACGGCGGUCACUGUGGGUGGAGGCCUUCUGGGCCUGGAAGCGGCGAAGGCCAUGACGGACCUAGAAGAUUUCGGGAACGUGAAACUUAUUGACCGCAAUAAGUGGGUAUUGGCUAGACAGCUGGACGGGGAUGCCGGUUCCUUGGUCACUCGCAAGAUUCGGGAGUUAGGCCUCGACGUGCUACACCAGAAGCGGGUUGCCGCUGUUAACACAGACUCGGAGAACAAUGUUACGGGAAUCACUUUUGAGGACGGGGAGCAGAUUGAAUGCUGCUGCAUUUGCUUUGCGAUUGGCGUGAAGCCGAGAGAUGAAUUAGCUCGAUCUGCUGGUAUCCAGCCGGCUGGAAGAGGGGGCUUUGUUAUUGAUGAAAGCCUCCAAACAUCGGUACCGGGUAUAUAUGCGGUGGGCGAAUGCGCUAGCUGGGAGAACCAAACCUUCGGCAUCAUUGCACCUGGCAUUGAAAUGGCGGAUGUGCUUGCUUAUAACCUCACAAAUAUCGACAAGGAGCAAAAGCGCUUUACCCGGCCGGAUCUCAGCACCAAGCUGAAGUUACUUGGAGUUGACGUUGCCUCUUUUGGAGAUUUCUUUGCCGAUAGAGAUGGGCCCAAAUUUCUUCCCGGUCAGCGACCAUCUAUCCGUGCUGGUCCAAACGCAGAUGUUCCUCGAGAAGAAGAGUCUCCCAUCAAGGCAUUGACCUACAAAGACCCGUUUGGUGGGGUGUACAAAAAGUACCUGUUCACCAUGGAUGGCAAAUUUCUGCUCGGAGGCAUGAUGAUAGGCGAUACAAAGGACUACCUCAAGUUGAACCAGAUGGUCAAGGGCCAAAAGGAGCUUGAAGUUCCGCCAAGUCAAUUUAUUCUUGGAGCGCAGAACGAUGGGGAGGAGAACGCAGAUGACCUUGACGACAGCACCCAAAUCUGCUCUUGUCACAAUGUAACCAAAGGCGACGUGGUUGAAAAUGUCAAGAAUGGGAUUUGCAAGACCAUGGGUGAAGUCAAGUCCUGCACAAAAGCAGGCACAGGAUGCGGUGGCUGCUUGCCUCUCGUGCAGUCAAUUUACAACAAGACCAUGCUAGACAUGGGACAAGAGGUGUCAAACCAUUUGUGCCAACACAUCCCCUACUCCCGUGCAGAUCUAUACAAUAUUGUCGCUGUCAAGCAGCUGAAGACAUUCCCGGAUGUGAUGAAAGCAGCCGGGAAGAACUCUGAGUCUUUGGGAUGUGAACUAUGCAAGCCCGCCAUUGGAUCGAUCUUGUCCAGUCUGUUCAAUCCGCAUGUUAUGGACAAAGGAUAUAAUGACCUCCAAGACACCAAUGAUAAGUUCCUCGCCAAUAUCCAAAGAAACGGCACGUUCUCUGUCGUGCCGCGCGUGCCUGGUGGAGAGAUCACAGCGGAUAAGCUCAUUGCGAUCGGAUCCGUUGCAAAGAAAUACGGAUUAUACUGCAAGAUCACCGGUGCUCAAAGGAUUGAUAUGUUUGGAGCAAAGAAGCAAGAUCUUUUGAACAUAUGGACCGAGCUGGUGGACGCUGGAAUGGAGAGCGGCCACGCUUAUGCCAAGGCGCUGCGUGCAAUUAAGAGUUGCGUCGGCACCACUUGGUGUCGCUUUGGUGUUGGUGACAGUGUUGGCAUGGCCAUUCGACUAGAGGAGCGAUACAAGAGUAUUCGCGCACCUCAUAAGUUCAAAGCAGCGGUAUCAGGCUGUGUGAGAGAAUGUGCCGAGGCACAGAACAAAGACUUUGGCCUGAUUGCGACCGAGAACGGCUUCAAUAUAUUCGUCGGAGGAAAUGGCGGUGCAAAGCCUCGCCACGCUGAGCUGCUUGUCAAGGACGUUCCUCCUGAGAUGGUGAUGUCCAUCGUCGAUCGCUACUUGAUAUUCUACAUUCGAACGGCUGAUAAGCUGCAAAGAACCGCCCGAUGGAUCGAGAACUUGCCAGGUGGAAUUAACUACCUGAAAGAAGUCAUCAUCGAUGACAAGCUGGGUAUCUGCGCCGCCAUGGAGCGACAAAUGCAGGAGCUAGUCGACAGCUAUUUCUGCGAGUGGACCGAGACCGUCCGGAAUCCUAACCGACGCAAGACCUUUCAGCAAUUUGCAAACACAGAUGAGACUGUUGAAACAGUAGAAGUCAUCAGAGAGCGCUCCCAGAACCGCCCAACAUACUGGCCCUCCAAAUCAGCACAAGAAGACUUCAAGGGCCAUGGAUGGUCUAGCCUCUCAUGGCAACCAGUCGUUCGAGCAGAUCACUUCUCCGACGAGCCUCCCCAGGUCUCAUCCGCGAACGUCAAGCGAGGAGAUACCCAGCUUGCUGUGUUCAAGAUCAAGGGCCAGUACUACGCGACCCAACAGAUGUGUCCCCACAAGCGAGCAUUCGUGCUUUCGGAUGGGUUGAUUGGUGACGAUGAUGCGGGCAAGUAUUGGGUUUCUUGUCCAUACCACAAGCGCAAUUUUGAGCUCAAUGGCGACCAAGCUGGACGUUGCUCCAAUGAUGAGAGUAUGAACAUUGCUACAUUCCCAGUGGAGGAAAGAGAAGAUGGAUGGAUCUAUCUUAAAUUACCUCCCAUCGAGGAGCUGGAUGCAGUUCUUGGGACCGAGAAGUGGAAGGUUAGAAAAGGGGAAGCGCCGGACCCAUUCCACAAGGUGGACAGGAGGUAUAAGGGGAUGAAGGGAAAGAAAGUAUCUGAUGGAGAGGGUGUCACCAAGUCACCCGCUCGGCCAGCCAAUGGGAUCGACUGGUAG